AUGAAAGUUGCCAGAACCUAUGUCGGGAAAAGCUUGCAAAUUGUUUACUUAGUAUGCUUUUCAUCUUUCUUUUGGACUACACUCAAAUUUCUUCCUCCCUCAAAUGACGGCGGGAGCAAUCAUUUUGACGCUACAGGUUGUACUGAGCGGCUUGAUAAGCUGGAAGAGCGGUUCAAUCAACGACGGAAGGCUCGCAUUGAUGCCUUGCCCGGGACGAACUUAACCAAGUUAUCAGAAAUAAAUCCAUCUCAGAAGAUAUCAGUCUUUGAUGCGUUUGAACCAGAAGCAUCUUGUUUUGCUGAAGAACGUUUUGGAUCUAAAUCUGCGAUAAGAUUCAACUCAUUUGGAGAUGGACCAAAAUUUAUCUGUGGAGUCGACAAUAUUGCAAACAAGGAAUAUGCUAGGAAACAAAAUUUCGAUGCUGAGCCGAGCCUCCCUUGUUUGGUUUAUUCCGUUGGAAGUAAAAACGAGAUCGAAUUCGAAAAGGCCGUUCAUCACUUCUUGGGAUGCGAGACUCAUACAUUUGACCCUACCCUAGAAGAAGAAUUUAAAGGCCAUGAGUACGCAGUCUUUCAUCCUUGGGGAAUCGGAUUGGAUGGAGAGCAGCACGAAGUUGGAAAGCACAGCUUUAUUUCGAGGAGUCUACAAACCAUCAUCGCCCAGCUGGGACACACCAAAAGAACAAUUGAUAUUCUGAAGAUUGAUUGUGAAGGCUGCGAGUAUAGAGCAAUGCCACUACUAUUUGAUCUGAUCGCCAAAAAAGAGCUUCAGAUUAACCAGAUUCAAAUAGAGCUGCAUGAAACUGAUUUCGAUCAAGUGACAAAGUUUUUUGAAGCAGGCGAUAAGGCUGGAAUGCGAAUCUUCCACAAGGAAAGGAAUGCCUGGGGAUGUCAAGGUUAUCUCUGUGUUGAGUACUCUCUAAUUACAGAGUCUUUUCUUCGUGAGGUGAACAAGGGAGAAGUUUGUGGAUAG